GUCCAUAUGCGUUACAUUUCUGUGUCCUUGGGAGUUACUUCUGUGUUUCGGGAUGUGUUAGACUUUCGUUUCGUAUAUGGAUGUGAAGCACGGUAUUUGAAAUCUAAGAGGAAAACAUUUUGGAACGACUUGAAAUAUCUAAUUUUUCAAAGAAGACUGGAUCUGCUUACUUGAAGAUAUUUAUUUUGAGUAUCUUUCUGGACGAGUUUCGUCUCAGUUUUAUCUUGUUGAGCAUGCCAUGCACUUCGAGACCGCUGUUUGCGCAUGUGAAAAGUGUCAAAAGCGAGUACCUCUGGCUUGUCAGUGGACUGAAAAUGACAACCCCGGCUCUCUUGCCUCAAGUUCUACUGCAGAUACGGGUAUCGAUUGCAGUCAGAAUACUUCUCCUUUAUAUCCACCAGUGCAGUCACCUCACACCAUUACACAUCGUCAUAUGGGCAGAAAAUAUGGUUACCCAGUUGGUCACGUAGCCUCGUCAUCCAGCGACGACCACCCACCUCCUGUACCACCCAAAACUGCGGAUAUCCCUCCACUUCCUCCGAAACACAUAUCCGGUCCAGUCCGACAACUGAAUGCUUCCCAUAGUGCUGAUCUUGUGGAGACUUGUGCUAUUUGCAGAAGGAAUGCUACUGACAUAAACCGACCGUGUACUAACACUAAAUUUUUUGAUAAACAAUCUGUGAAUGCCCCAAGACAGUCUCCAUUUUCAUUGAAAUGUGAAACAACUCACACUGGGUGUCCUAGCCAUUCUCAAUUCUCUGACAGUCUUGUGAGGAUUCAUUGUUCGUCUCGUAAAACUGGAUUAAAUAAGUCCGAUAAGGAAUUAUCAGGAGGAAGUAGCCAUUCACAUAGUCUUGGGGUUAGUAAAAGUAUUUCCGAUGCAAAGGUGACACAGUCGGCCACAUGCAAGCGUUUCGAGAAGAAACAUGUUUGUUCAAGUUCUAAAUACCGGACAGAAAAUAUGUGUGAACUAAUGAGAGAUUCCAACUCGACAUCUGAUCUACCCACUUCCAGUUGCACAUGUUCUUCAAACUUGUGGGGUUCUAAUGUUUUAGCCAGUAAAGUGGAUUCUGAAUGUACGUCGCAUCCAAGAUGUUUCUCUUCUGAAUAUCGAGGACUCAAUUUGAUUUCGAACCAUUUUGUAAAUCGGAAGGUUUCUAGCUAUCGAAAAGAUCUGGGUAACAUGAAUAAAACAGGAUGUGGUAGCUUGCAGUGGAUUUCUGAGACUUUCCAGCGAAUAUUUCUUGUUUCUAAAAAUUCUAAGGCCAAAAAUCAAUUUCCUCAGUCAUCAAAUGAUAUGUUUCCAGUUCCCAGGAGUCCAUCAAGUUCAAAUGAGGAUAAAAUAAGUGGACGUGUUAAAACACUGAUUCAGAAGAAAGAUCGUGAAUGGAGAAGAGAUAUUUGUAAUCAAAGACCGAGACGUAGUCUUCCUUUGCGUCACAAGCGUUCACUGAGCUACAACAAUAACUGCACUGAGGGAACUAAAGUAAGUCCGAGUAAUUCAAAUGAGUGUGAGACUAGUUCAUUUUCCCACCCACCCGUCAACCACCAUUCACUCCCACCUAGAUCAGCAACUAGUCGUAGCUCUGCUGUCAAAUGCAUUAAUUCUGCGGUCACUCCAGACACAACAAAAAAGCAUUCCAACCGUCUUGAUAGCCUAAGCCCAUCCAGUAGUCGAGUAAGACCCAUCCAUACAUCAAAAACGGUGGGACUUAUUCCAACUAGAUAUCAAACUUCAAAGCUAUCGAAUAUGUGCAUGAACUAUAAGAGACCAGAGUCGGCUCUAGCGAUGAUGUGUGCGUGUCCAUCGUAUGUAUCCAGCCAAGCAAAUUGUGAUGCAGUAAACCCAAAUACUUCACGCCUUCCGUGUGAAACAUCUACUGAUCCUAACAAUGUCUUAAAAUGCACUGAAGAUAUUGAUUUUGGAGAACACCCUACUACAAUAAUCGAUAAAAAUGGACAGAUACACCAUGUUCAUCAUAUACAUCACUUUCACCAUGUUCACCACCACCAUCAUCAUCACGACUGUACUGAUGUCGCUAAUAAUGUCGCCUCUUGUCCUUUAAGUCCAGUUACAAGUCCAGUCGUCUGUGAUCGACAGCGUCCACCAACAACUAUCGCGUCUGCUAUGGAUACUUGUAUUUUAGAGGAAACAUCAGUCAGUUCUCCCUUAUCCUGCCAAAAUGCUAAUAAUCAACCACCAGUAUGUACUGAUCAAAUCACUCCUGUUACCAGUUGUCAUACAUACAAUGCUUAUGAUGUCCGAGCAUCUGACAGCAUUAAUAUGUCUGUAUCCACCAAUUCUGCAUCACGAGAUUCCCGCAGUGCAUCUAUCAGAAGACUGUCAUCUACAUUACAAGAUAGUCGUUCAUCAUUUCAUCGAAGCAUGUUAGAACUGAGAAAGAUGGGCUGGUAUUGGGGACCAUUAAGUUUUCAAGAAGCUCAAUUUCUAUUAGCCAAACGACCAGAUGGUAGUUUUCUAGUCCGUGAUAGUGGUCAUGAUACGCAUAUUUUGAGUUUAAGUUUUCGAGUACGCGGUGAAACGUAUCAUACAAGAAUUGAACAUAAUCAAGGUCGAUUUAGUUUCUGGUCACAACCUCAAUCACACAGUGCAAAUACAAUGGUGGAAUUUAUUGAAAAGGCAGUUGCUCAUUCAGUUAACGGUCAAUUCCAUUAUUUCCUUCAAAGUAGCGCCCAGGGUCAACCACCUGUUGAAGUACCCUUAUUAUAUCCCCUUUCCCGAUUUCAAGUUGUUGCAUCCCUUCGACAUUUGACAAGAUUCACUAUUUUAUCUUAUAUUCGACGUGAUCAUAUUGAUCAAUUACCAUUGCCUAGAACUACAAUCAAUUAUUUAUUAGAAAAACAAUGUUAUAUUGAAUCAUUAGAAGAUUUUGAAGAGGCUGUACGUGAUCGUCCCCCACUGGAGUUUCGUUCACGUUCAGCAAUUGAUUUCAACUCGCAUAUAUCUAUGCGUGAUUCGUCGGGUAAUUUAUCUCGACAUAGUAAUACCAGUAAUGGUAGUUCAGCUAGUGAAGAUCGAAGUGGAGAAAGUCAUAUUACAGUGAGACAAAACAGUUGAUAAUUAUAAUAAUAAUAAUAUGGAGUAUCUAUCUGUUUAUCUAUUACUAUUUUAUCACUUGACUAUUAUUUCAUCUUGAAAACAAAAGCUAAAGUUAUACUUUAAUAGUUUUUCUUAACUAUAUGAAAUUAGAUGUAUAAUAUUAUUACUAUUAUUACUACUAAUAAUCAUUAUUAUUAUU